UUUGGAUCAGCCGGUUUUCAUAAUUUCCUUCCUAUAUUCCAGUAAUUUGAACUGCAUGGUUAUUCAAUAAAGGACAGCGAAACUUUUGUAAACCUAUUUUUAUAGAAUUUUUACACAGCCCGCGGUCCUAUGCCUCUAAUUCUACAUCACUUGAUAUCUUUCGCCUGGAUAACACUAUAGCGGAAUCUGUUUCAAUGAUUUGUGGGCAUGUGUGAGAGAACCUGCCGACCCGUUAGGUGCCUGGUACGCCGAAGAACCUCAGUCCUGCAACCGCCGCGCACCCGCCCUACGUUCACACAAAUACAAAAACACCAACCCCGAUCUUAUCCCGCCAGCAGCUCAACCCGAUUUGUCCUGAAUUCCUUAUCCGAGGACUUCCGCGCUUGCGGGAUCCUGGAUUUCAACCUGCACCGUGCAGGCACAUGGUCGGAGGGCGACCAGGAGUCGAAACCUCGCGCGGGUUUCAAGAAACGUUCAGUUACCACCAGUUUGCCUGGGAGUGCGACCCGCGGAUCUUCUUUCCUGAACUGAUCGGGUAGAUCGUCGUCGCAGGUGCGGGAUUCGCGCUGUUCCAUCAUAUAUGAGAGACGUUAGACGUCACCCGCAAUUUACCGACAAGUUUUCCGACCUUUACCCCACAGUCAUUCACUCCCCGUUCGAAUUAGGUACCCAAAUUUUACUUCCGCGAUCGCGUGCGUGCUUCAAGCGAUUAGUUUAACUACAUGUUCGAUGAAACGGCACGCUAGGAUUUGGGACCACCUUUAACCACAAGGUUUUGCUAGAUCGGUGCUCUCGAAGAGAUUUUGAAUUUUACAAUUCCUGACCGUAAGUCAAGGGCAAUGACGCUUACCCUCUGACAAAUACGUGUAGAGGCUGAAGUAGAUUCACCACAUGAUCGCUAACAAUGAACAGUCCGCCAAAAUUGAUCCGCAUGAUAAUGCGGGAAGAGCGGAAAAAACUAACGAAGACUGCAAAGAGAAAGAAAAGGAUGAAAAUUCGAAUAAUCACGGCGACAUCGAAGUCGCAGUAUCAAACGAUGAAAAUUCCACUGACAAAUCAAUUUCCGAAAACGUAACAUCGGGAGACUCUCAAUUAACGAGCACCCUUCCGCCAACCUUACAAGAACGAUUCCUCCGCAUCAAACAAAUGGUGAAAGACGCUAUAGCUGCGCAUCACACUUUUAUGAUUUAUGGAAGAUCGAGGGUCGUACGCGAGUGCAUGUUAAGGAGGGGUUGGUGUGAAAAAUACUACCGAAAGUCUGUCAACGCGGAUCAGCACCUGAACGUAGAGUCAAAUCCGGUUGCGCUUCUGGCAGGAAUCGGCGAUCUGAAGGAUCAGCAAAGCGAGCGUCUUCUGAUUUCGAAAAUGCUCGGCAGUCAUGUCGUUGACUUUCUGUGGAACACGGGUUCAGAAUGGCCGGGAUGGCCGGCUCAAGACAACAAGACCACCGUUUUCAACAGAUUUUGUCGCGCCGGAUUCACAUCCAAGAUUGGCCUUUGCUCGAACGUCAGACAGAUGCACUGGUACUACGAAGCAGGGGUGGCUAAUACCCUUUUCCCACGAUGCUACAACAUUUGCCAGGGCGAUCAAAUGCACGCCUUUGUCGAGGACUUCAGGUUCACCGCUUGUCUCGGACUCCUCAAGUGGUUAGUGGACAAAAUGAGUACGGAGGGAGAAAACGCAACGAGGUCAUCGAGCGGGACUAUUCCUCUGAAAGCUCUGGAUUUCGCUAUCCGAAGAUGUAGCGACUACAUAGGAGCUCAAUCGCACGACGACAUCGACCAGGAGGUGGAGCGUGUUUGGUCGCAUCAGUGGGACCAAUUCAUCUGCUGGUACUACAAAAUCAUUCUCGGUCAAGCACUCUUUGUCCUCAACAACGUACCCUUCCACAAAUACUUCCUCGCCGCGAAACACAUACUGAAACGAAUCAGAAAAUACUGGCCACAAUUGGACAUGGACGGGAUCAUGAACGUGUGGAUUUUGAAGCCAGGAAACAAGAGUCGAGGGCGGGGCAUAACGCUGAUGAAUAAACUCGAAGACGUGGUGGCGAAAAUUAACCCGGCCAAUAAAUCCGACACUCGCUACGUCGUUCAAAAGUAUAUAGAACGCCCGCUUCUCGUUUACAGCACGAAAUUUGACAUCAGACAAUGGUUUAUCGUCACAUGUGCUCAACCCCUCACUUUAUGGAUGUACAGGGAAAGCUACCUGCGAUUUUGUUCGCAAACGUUUCGCCUGACCGACUUCCACGAAUCGAUCCAUCUCUGCAAUCAUGCCAUUCAGUGCAAAUACAAAAACAGCGACGACCGCGAUCCUGCCUUGCCCGCGGACAAUAUGUGGGAUGCUACGACCUUCAAACAAUUCCUCAAAGCUCAAGGGCACAACGAUGUCUGGGAUGAGCUGAUCUAUCCGGGGAUGAAGCAAAGUCUCGUUGGAUCUCUACUCGCUAGUCAGGAGGCUAUGGAUCGCCGAAAAAAUAGCUUCGAACUUUACGGCGCCGAUUUUAUGGUGAUGGAAGAUUUUUCCGUUUGGUUAAUAGAAAUAAAUAGCCAUCCAGACAUGAGCUAUACGACGAGUGUUACUUCCAGACUCUGUCGACAAGUCAUGGAAGACACCAUAAAGGUUGUAGUGGAUUCUCGGGAGGACAAGAACGCGGACACUGGUAAAUUUGAACUGGCUUAUCGUCAACGAAUGCCCAGUUGUCAGCCGUACCUUGGCGCAGCCCUUUCGCUCCAAGGAACACGGAUAGUUACCACCGAGAAGAAACCAAACACUACGGGACACGACUCCAAGCUCAGUCUCGUCUCAAAGUCACCCGCGACAUGUCUGAACCACUCGAAGUCAGCGGUGCACACCUACAUCGGGCCGGUGAUCGUGGACUUGAUUGAAGAGCUGGAAAUCCAACUGGAUCAGGAAUUUUAUGCCUAUUAUAAACUUGAUUCGCCAAGAUUGCGACACGCGUUAACAGCACCUGAAUUUUCUAUGUCCUCUAAAACAUCGAUCGGCUCAUCGCAGAAGAUCGAAUUAGGAACUACAACCUCGACGGAAACGCCACCGUCUUCCAAUAAGAUCAAAAGCCCGAAUCAGAAUAAAGCGGAAUCCGCGGUUAAGAGCAUCGCGCAAAAGCCUGCAACCGGAAAACAAAGGAUGACACAGCCGCUUCCGAAAGUUGAAGUCACCGCACGGCAGACUCUAAUAUCGAAAACAAUGGAAGUUAAACAACCGCAGACCGCACCGGUUACGGCGAUCGCUCCCCGGAUGGAAAAACUUCCGCUGAAAAAGCACAACGAAGAAAAGGUAAUAAGCGCGGCCAUGCAGAAUGCGAUCAACAAGUAUAAGAGGAAGGGUGUGAUCCCUCCGGAGGCUUCUUCUCUCUCGACUCUUGUCGGACCAAAUCAGCCCGGUAAAUUGAGCCAAGCACCAUCUGCGAGAAAUCGCCAUAAAAGCAGUCAAAGAAAACAAGGCCAUUCGAAAAAGACCAAAGUUCUGUCGGACAUUACGGAUAUGUACGCCGUUGGACUCGGACUGACCAAAUAGUCGAAUAUCCCGUACCCCCUUUGUUCGAUUUUUUAAACGUUGUGCAUCCCCAGCUACUCUCUUUAAUCGAUUUCAAAUUUUAUCUUCAAUCAUGUACUGGCAAUAAUAAAGUGUUACGUACAAGUUCGUGCUGAAGUUGUGUUCAACAAAAAAAUAUUAAAAAAAAAAAGAAACAAGAAAAAUGAUGGGAGUCAAUGGUCGUUUCCGGAUUUUCAAUUAAAAAUGUGAUACUCACUUCUGAAA